GCUCUCCCAAGAUGCCAAAAAGUAUUCUGAUAACUUGUGUUCUUAUUUGCUUUGCAAUUUAUCAUGAUGAUGCCAAGGCAGAACAGGACUGUCCGCCAGCUUCCUGUGGGGAUCUCCAUGACAUUAGGUACCCGUUUCGCUUGAAAAGUAAUGGUACUUCUGCUAACAAUUGUCUAAACUCUCCAGCUGAACUUUCAUGUGAGCAGAAUCGCACCAUUUUAAAACUUUUCGAUGGUACAUAUUAUGUCUUAGGAAUCGAUUAUGAAUUGGAGACGAUCCGGGUUGUGGAUCCUGGUCUACUAAGGGAUACUUGCCCCUUUAGGCCCAAUCACCGUUUGACAACAUAUGACUUUACCACAAGCCCUUACUACCCGGAUUAUGCAAGCGUGACUGUAGUCUUCUAUGAUUGCCGGCAGAAAGUUGAGUCCCCAGACUACAUAAAAAUAAAUAGCAGUAAUAGCUCAUCGUCGUGGUCAUCUACUACAUAUUCUUACAUUAUGCUGGGAGAUAGUGUGUCUCAUCUUCUACCGUCUUGUAAUAUCACCAGCAUGACCCUUUCCAUGUUACACGAAUCUGGUAAUGACCUUUCAUUCUCUUUCAUCCGCGAUGAGUUGAGAAAGGGCUUUCUACUUCAAUGGGGGGGUCUUGUACUGCCUUCUAUCCCACCGUCUUCUACCGUCUUGUACUGCUACAGCCGAUUCCAUCCCCUCUAUUGUUUUGGUAGAUUCUUGAAAGAAGAUUUUGUACUAAUCGCCUUCAUCACCGGAUUCAGUCUGACUGUACGAAUGGCACUUUGCAUCAAUGUUUUGGUGCUUUUCUUGUUGUACAAACUGUCUUGGAAAAAGAUCCUGAAGGAUGAUGAUAAGGACGUUGAAGAAUUCUUGGAUGCAUACAAGAAUCUUAUGCCAAGCAGGUAUUCAUAUUCAGAAAUUAAGACGGUGACGAAUUCUUUCAAAGAUAAACUUGGUCAGGGAGGUUUUGGUUCUGUUUAUAAAGGAGAGCUAUCAAAUGGUCAUCUUGUUGCAGUAAAGAUGUUGAAUGAUUCCAAAAGUAAAGGGCAAGAUUUCAUCAAUGAAGUUGCCACAAUAGGAAGAAUUCAUCAUGUCAAUGUGGUGCAACUAAUUGGAUUCUGUUCUGAGGGGUCUAAAAGAGCUCUUGUUUAUGAAUUCAUGCCUAAUGGAUCCCUCGACAAAUAUAUCUUGUGUGAUGCAGAAAAUAAUCCUACUCUAAGUUGGGAUAGAAUGCAUGAGAUAGCUCUAGGGGUGGCUCGUGCAAUUGAAUAUCUACACCAGGGAUGUGAUAUUCAAAUUCUACAUUUUGAUAUUAAGCCCCACAACAUUCUCCUUGAUGAAAACUUUAAUUCCAAAAUUUCAGACUUUGGGCUUGCAAGAUUUUACCCGAGAGAUCAGAACACUAUUUCUGUUACUGCAGCAAGAGGCACAAGGGGAUAUAUAGCUCCAGAAAUGUACUACAGAACUAUUGGUGGUGUUUCCUACAAAGCUGAUGUUUAUAGCUUCGGAAUGUUGUUAAUGGAAAUAGCAGGGAGGAGGAAAAACUUGAAUCCAGAUGUAGAACAUUCGAGCCAAAUAUACUUCCCUUCCUGGAUUUAUGAGCAACUAGAAAAGGGAAAGAGUCUUGAAAUUGAGGAUGCAUGUGAGUACGAUACUAAAAUAGCCAAGAAGAUGAUCAUGGCUGCUUUGUGGUGCAUACAACUAAUGCCUGCUGACCGCCCUUCGAUGACCAAGGUUUUAGAGAUGCUUGAAGGUGAAGAAGUCUUGCAAAUGCCUCCAAAACCGUUGGUUUGUCCCCAGCAAAUGCCAACUGAGGGUUUACCUGAUGACAGCGAUGACACAGAUUUCGAAGAGAUAUCUGCCAUGCCACAAAGUGCUACAGAAUCUACUUCCAUGGUGUAAGGGGAAUGCAAUUAAUGCCCUAUUUAUACGUGUAUGCCUCUUCUUAAGCUUCAUUUCAAUUCGAAACUUUGAAUAACAGGUCAAUAAUGAGCUUUAUCAGGAUCUAUCGAAAAUUGUUUAUUUGAUCAGUUCCUAAAGGAAUUCUAGGAAUUUCAUAUUAUACUUGUCUGGGUAAACACAUAAUUCAAAAGCUUAUUUACUUUGUGAAGUUGAUUGAUGCAUACAACGUAAAUGCGUCCACAGAACUACAUUUAAUUGGCAGAAUGUAGUAGCCAUUGUAGUGGUUCAGUAACGUGGGACUUCUUUUUCUUUCUUCCAUCACUCUCUCAACUAUGAACCCAGAACUGUGAGAUUUGCAGGUGUGAUUAAUGGAGGAGAGAUAAGCUUUUGAUGGUGUUGUGCUGGAGAUGGAAGAAAGAAGAACGUUGGGUGUUCAUAUUUGGGUGCCCAAAUCAGAUAUUGGCUUCACCGGCGUCGGCGCGUGAGUUGCUACCGGGUGCCACGGAGGCUGCGUUGAACUCGUCGGGGGUCGGUGAGUUCCAUGGUGGUGGAGGUGAGUCGCGGUGGUGACCGGAAUUAGCUGGUAGGGGAGAGGGAGAAAAGUCCGGAUCUACUUUCUCUCUCCUCAAACUAUUUGCAAACUGAAACCCAGCAACUAAAGAAAGACUUGAUUUUGAUGAUGGGUUGCUUCCUGAGCUUGAUUUUCAAAACCAAUAACCCCUUUUGACGUUGGGUUGUGAGUGUGCAAGGGAGGUGAGCUGUGUGGAGUGGGUAGAGACCGGUUAUGGAGGAGUAGGUAAGAAUGUAGACUAGGU